UAGGCGACGGACUUUUUCUGCAGACAAAAACCGCACAGGGAAUUGCUGGAGUUUUUGUCGGUCUUGCCUUGUUCCUAACUUGCUCUCAGCUGGCGGGAUUCGAGUCAGUUUAAACGUAUUCGCAGCUCGCUGCAGUAACAUAACAGUGAUACACAGAUUGACACUUUGUUUAAUUGUGGUUCCUGACAAUAGUCUUGUUAUAAAAACUAUCAGAUUUAAAUCAAAAUGAAUACGAUUAAGCCGUUUGUGGUUGUUGUAAUAUUAGUGCUUAGUUAUGAGUGUUCUGCCGCCAAAAGAAGCAAAGACAAUGGUGAAUUAAUUUUUGCACAUGUAAUUUAUCGUCACGGGGACAGAACGCCAAUUGAUCCAUAUCCUACAGAUCCUUGGAACGACCCUAAAUUUUGGUCAACGGGAUGGGGACAAUUAACGAACAUAGGAAAACAACAACAUUUCGAACUUGGAAAAUAUCUUCGAGCGCGCUAUGAUGGUUUGAUAUCGGAUCAUUACAACCGUGAAGAGGUAUUCGUGCGUUCCACAGACGUCGAUCGCACGCUUAUGUCUGCUAUGUCAAAUUUGGCAGGUUUAUAUCCACCUGUUGGGGAUCAAGUUUGGAAAAAAGAUUUGCCAUGGCAACCUAUACCUGUUCACACCGUGCCUGAAAAGCUCGAUAGUGUGUUGGCAUCCAAAAAAUAUUGUGCCGCUUAUGAUGACGAGUUAGAUCGCCUGUUACAUAGUCCUGAAUACAGAAAAAUUGAUGCUGAGAAUGCUGAAUUGUACAAAUACUUGACAACUCAAACUGGACGUCUUAUCAAUAACAUCGAAGGUGUCGAACGCAUAUACAACUGCCUCUUCAUUGAAGAAUUGUACAAUAAAACACUCCCUGACUGGACGCACAAUGUAUACCCAGACAAAAUGAUUAACCUUUCUACUUUGAGUUUUAUGUCGUACACUCGAACUGAUUUACUUAAGAGAUUAAAGACUGGUCCACUCCUCAAAGAGAUAUUCCUUCGUUUUAAAGACAAAAUCCACGGAAAGCUGGCGCCAAACCGAUCGCUCUGGAUCUACAGCGCCCACGACACUACGGUUGCCAACGUGCUGAACACAUUGGGUGCCUUUAAGCCACAUAAUCCGCCGUAUACUGCAUGUGUAAUGUUAGAAUUGAGGAAACGAGCCGGCGAGUACUUCGUCGAAUUGUAUUACCGCGCUGACGGGGUAACAAAUCAGUUGAAAUUGGAGCUGUGCGGCGAUACAUGCCCCCUUGAUAAAGCUUUGAGAUCAUAUGCGCACCUCUUGCCUUUGGAUUGGGACCGCGAAUGCAGUACUUCGACGCGCCUGUUAGGCCUCGUCGGUGUAGAAGGAGACAACGCUGAUUUAUUUGCAGCGAUUGGCGUAGUAGCAGGCGCUGUUGUGAUUGUCACUAUGCUGGCCACAAUCCUUUUGUUGGUAAAUCGUAGGCGCAUUGGCGACCAGCAUAUUUCCAGGCACCGAUAUACGAGAAUAGAUUCUUGAUGUGAAGAAGUCUCCACAAGCGGUGUUUUGUAAACCUCUUGCAUAUGGAGACGUUGUGGAA